AUGGCGAAGCUGGGCCCGGGACAGGGGCUCGGGUGCGAGGCGGCGGAGGGGUCGCUCGUGCCCAGCCGGAAGCGGGAGUACAAGCCCUGCGGCAAGCACACUGAGGGGAAGCGCCCGCUCUAUGCCAUCGGGUUCAACUUCAUGGACGCGCGCUACUACGAUGUCUUCGCCACCGUCGGCGGCAACCGAGUGACCACUUACCGCUGCCUUGAGAAUGGUAGUUUUGCUCUUCUACAAGCUUACAUUGAUGAGGAUAAGGAUGAGUCAUUCUAUACUCUAAGCUGGGCUCGUGACCAUGAUGAUGGCUCACCACUGCUGGUGGCAGCAGGAAGCAAUGGGAUCAUUCGGGUCAUCAAUUGUGCUACAGAGAAGUUAGCUAAGAGCUUUGUUGGCCAUGGUGACUCAAUAAAUGAGAUAAGAACUCAACCGUUGAAGCCUUCGCUCAUCAUUUCUGCAAGCAAGGAUGAAUCUGUUAGGCUAUGGAAUGUCCAUACAGGGAUCUGUAUCUUGAUAUUUGCUGGAGCUGGAGGUCAUCGCAAUGAAGUGUUGAGUGUUGACUUCCACCCUAGUGAUAUUGAAUGCUUUGCAAGUUGUGGCAUGGACAACACUGUGAAAAUCUGGUCAAUGAAAGAAUUUUGGCUAUAUGUUGACAAAUCAUAUUCAUGGACUGACCUUCCAUCAAAGUUCCCAACAAAAUAUGUCCAGUUUCCGGUCUUGAUUGCUGCAGUACACUCUAACUAUGUUGAUUGUACAAGAUGGCUUGGUGACUUCAUCCUAUCAAAGAGUGUUGACAAUGAAAUUGUGCUUUGGGAACCAAAGACAAAAGAACAGAGUCCUGGGGAGGGAAGCAUUGAUAUUCUUCAGAAGUACCCUGUCCCAGAAUGUGACAUCUGGUUCAUCAAAUUUUCAUGUGAUUUUCACUUCAAUCAGUUGGCGAUAGCACAAUCCUUGGAGCUGGCGAAGAUGGCACCAUAUGGCGAUGGGAUGAAGUGGAUCAUCCGAGCUCCAAAAACUGAAACCAGUGUUGCUGCUCUGCCACCAGUGGUAAUGCUGGACUGA